AAUUAGUUUGUUGGUAAAUUUAUUUAUAAUAAUAAUAUUAUUAUUAUUAUUCUAAACUAAUAGUGGGUGAUUUCACCAAGUUAAGAUAAAAAACAAAUCCGGCAACUAAUUUUUUUAAAAUGGUAAGAUCAAAAAGUACCCCAAAACAAAAAUCUACAGAUAGAUUUUGCGAAAACGACAUCAGUGGAUACAUUCCUGUUCUUAAAAAGAAAAAAAGAUUGUCACAUGCAACAAAAUUGGCUUCAUGCAAAACUUCAGGACCAACAGAUAAAAACAAGUCAUUGAUUUUGGGGGAACUUGAAAUUGGUCCAACAAAUAACUGCUUUAACAAUGAGUGUCCACAAGAAUGGAAUGUAACCAUCAACAAAAAUCAAAAUUCAAUUGUAUUGGAACAAACAGAACACACUGUCAUUGUCAGCAAGGCAAAUGACAUUGAUCUAAUUGAAGAUGUUGUAACAUCGAAGUUAUUUGCCAUUGAGUUUAAGCAAAAGGAUGAAACUGUAACAGCAUCAAUUUACAUUAAAACACUGCCACUGCCAAAACAUAAUAGAAAAAUUGGUUCAUGUUUCAAACAACUGUUUAAAAUUUUUUAUAACAUAUCACAUGAAGACUGCAAAGGCAACACAGAUGAGUUAGCUGGUGAUCCCAUUGAUUGUGGAGAUCUUAAUAAGAUUUAUGACAGCAUAAGAGAAUCAAGAGCAAUAAAUGUUAAUGAUUCCAUUAACGUCCAACAUCCAAAAUUGAAACCCAAACUCAGAGAAUAUCAAGUUGAUGCUGUCAAAUGGAUGUUGAGUAGAGAAACUAUUGACAAUAAUGAUUCUGAUGAGUUGCAUCCAUUAUUCACUGCCAUUGAACUGCCAUCCGGGACAACGCUUUACUACGAUAAAUAUUCAGGCUUCGUCCAAGACGAUAAGCCUAAAAUAACGCCUUCGAGCAAAGGCGGAAUUUUGGCCGACGAAAUGGGCCUGGGCAAAACCGUGGAGGUGAUCGCUUGUAUGUUGUGCAACCCAAUGGAAAAACCACCUGAAUCCGACGACACUCCUAGUCCGAGUAAACCAACAGUCGACCACAUAAUACAAGCGAACCACGAGAAGAAAAAAAGACUCGCACCAUUGCAGAAGGCCGCUCGUAAAGACGCGGCCUCCACAUCAAAACCCGAACCGGAAACGCCACCGAAGAAGAAAAUAUCACUGACGCGCGUUGCUUUGGAGAAGUACUACGCGCACGUGUUGUUCGGCAACAGAAAGGAGGAAAAAAAGGAGCCCUCGAUUCAGUGCAUCUGUUCGGAACAGAACGAGGAUGGCAAAAUUGAGUGCGGCAACUGCGGGAAGUUCCAACAUCGACUGUGCACCGGCUACGAAGACCAUUUCGGUACCUUCAAGUGUUCGCAAUGCUGGAUGGAGGAGGAAAUUUUCGAUGUCGGUGGAACUUUAAUCGUCACACCCAAAUCGCUGAAGAAACAGUGGAUCAACGAAAUGAUGAAGCACGUCGAUGGGAAGUUUAAUAUUUUGGUUUAUGAUGACGCGAGGGACACCACCAUCUAUCCGGUGAAAUUGAAGGAGUACGACGUAGUCAUUACCACUUAUAAUGUUCUGCAGAACGAGAUAUAUUUGACCAACAACAAUCUGGAUAAAAACUUCCGACGCAAGAGGGUGUAUUCACCACGUGGAUGUCCAUUAAUCAGAGUUAAAUGGUGGCGUUUGUGUUUGGACGAAGCACAAACUGUAGACGCUCCCAAAUCAAUGAUCUCAUCAAUGAGCCGAAUGCUGGAGGCUAAUUACCGAUGGGCUGUAACUGGUACUCCUUUGUCCAAAAAUAUUUCUGAUAUUUACGGUUUGAUCAAUUAUUUGCACAUCACCCCAUUCAAUGAUGAAGAUACAUGGACCAAUAUUCUGUAUAAUCCCUUUAAAAAGGGCGACAGCCAACCCAUGUGCAAUUUUCUGUCCAAAGUUAUGUGGCGUACCGAGAAACGAAACGUUUUGAAUCAAAUCAACAUCCCUCCACAACACACUAAAGAAUACGUUUUGGAAUUUUCCGCUGUCGAAAAGUUCUACUAUAAUAAAGAGCAUGAAAUGAGCAGGGAUUUGUUCUUUACUUCCCUUGAGGGUUUUGAUGUUGACGCCACUUUAAAAAGCCUCCAGAAACGAGACUUAAACAAAAUAAUGGCACCAUUUUUGUCACUGAGACAAGCUUGUUCCCAUCCGAAUGCGACCCGGGGCAAAUACCUGGCAACGAGAAAGAACAUUUCGUCGGUGAAAGGCCUUCUGGACGCUCUGAUCGAGAAAAACGGCACCGAAUGCGAAGAGAUGCUGCGCACAAUCGUCGCCUCGCUGAACGGCAUGGCCGGAAUAUGCAUCCUGUACGGGGACAUGAACCAAGCCGUCGAUAAAUACAGACAAGUGCUGCAGUUGUCCGCCCGUUUUUCCAAAGAGGAGAACGGCCUGCAAGUCGACACGCUUCAAAUGAUUCACGCUAUGCACAACUUGUCGGAGGUGCUUCCGACCGUCACAAACGUUGAGCCCACUUUGCACGACUCGACGUUGAAAACGGAUUGUGCGAAGCUCGAGCAAAAGUAUAUUGAAAAGUUUAACGGCGAAUCUAAGGCUUGUUUUCUUAAAUGGCAAGAAAUUUACAUGAAAAUCGAGCAGUUAGAGACAAAGUUCGCUCUGAGACCCGGACAAUGGUAUUCCGAUGGCAUUCAUUACUUAACCAGCGUCGAUUACUACGACAAAUUGAUUGGAAAAAUACAAAGCACUUGUGACAAUGCGAUGAUUAAAUGCACGUUAAAAUAUGAAGGCGGCGACUUACUUUACAUAUUGAGCUCGUGGGAUGAAGCGGUGCGCAACUUGAGGACGCAGCUGGUGGCCGCGAUUGAAACCUUGUACCGGGCUGACGGAACGGACGGCGAGGAUGUCAAGAUUGUCAUUGACCAGUUACUAAUUUCGCAAGCCAUGAAUUGUCAUCUGAGGCCUCAGAAAAAAGGAAAGCAACGCAAAUGCGGCGUUUGCGACGCGAACAGGCACUUUGUCAAGUACGAAUCGAAGUUGUUCAGCGCGGUGGGAAGGACAAUGAAAUCGGAAGAAUUUUUAGAAACCAACAAAGGCACAUGGGUACCAACCAUGGAAGAAGCCAUUAUAAAAAGUCUACAACCUUCUUUGAAGAGCAAAAAUGCCAGUAAUCUAAUCGUGGCUGACGGAGAGAAUCAUUUAAAUUUGCUUGAGUUGUUGAAGGAAGAGUUUAAAGCCAUGCGUAAGUUCUGGACAGCUUUAUACCAACAAAUCAAUGCUCAAGAUGAAUUGGAUAUUUGUAAAAUUAGAAUGGCCCUCAAAGAAGAGGAGUCCGAAAACGAAGAGGACGAAGAAGUAAAAAAAAUGAAACGUAAGAAGAAUGCUACGUUGAAAAAACUUGAUUAUGAUAUUGAAGAUAAAACUAAAUCUUUCAAUCAACUUUCCCCGCAUGAAAUGGCGUACCAUGAAAGCAAAUUGCGUAUGGAAGAACAAGACGCUACAGUUAAACUAGAGAAAAAUCUAGGUACAAAGAAAUAUCUAGAAACUUUAAAAAAACAACAAUAUGAAGGACAAAGUCCGGAUCCUUGUCCUAUUUGUAAGAACCCUCUGACAGUUCACUGGAGCAUUUUAUCAUGCGGUCACUCGUACUGCAUUGAAUGCAUUCAACUGUUGCUGGGAAACGUUCAACGCAAAUCGUUCCAAUGUUCGAUCUGUCGUAAGAAACUCAAUCUGACUGAUAUAUCUUACAUAAAGGCGGACGGAAAUGAUGCGCAACAAGAUGCGGUCACCAUCAGAGGCAACUUCUCCACUAAAAUUGAAGCGGUUGUUAAACUGUUGCUCGAUAUUAAAAAGGAAACGCCAGAGGUGAAGGUUUUGCUGUUUUCCACGUGGGUUCCCGUACUAAGAAGUUUAAAAGAAGCAUUCGAUGUUAAUUUUAUCUCCAACGAAAUAAUCUGUGAUAGUUACAAGUUCGAGCAAAAAAUCGAUCAUUUUAAAACCAAAUUUUGUACCGUACUAUUAAUGCCGUUAAGUUUAGGUUCUAAAGGUUUAAACAUCAUUGAAGCGACUCAUGUCGUUCUGAUUGAACCCGUAUUGAAUCCGGCGGAUGAACUGCAGGCUAUAGGAAGAGUUCACAGAAUUGGCCAAACUAAGGAAACGUACAUACAUAAAUUUUAUAUUAAAGACACCAUUGAAAAAAAACUUUUUGAGGCCACAUCGACUCAUUCCGACAAUUGGGAGUCCAAUAAAGUUACCAUUAAACAACUUACGGAUUUAUUUAUUUGUGAUGAUGAAUGAAACAGUAUUUUAAUCAAAAGACAUGUAUAAUUUUUUAAAAAUUAAGUGUUAUCAAUACAUUCCCAUUUGACAUAG